AUGUCGGAGACCAACGAUUUACCAAGAAGAUUUUUCGCUCUUGGCCAUGAACCCGUCGGAUUAAGAGUGUCACCAUACCACAAACCCGGCGCACUUGGCCACAUACUAGAUUCACUCGAAGCAGACGAAAUCGAGAUCUUAAAAAGAUCACCGUUUGGAAGGUUCAUAGAGUUAGCCGACAAGACGCCAUACUCUGGUCGUCUAGGCCGAUACAUGCUUUCGAGGCAGUUGAAAGUCCGCAAGAAAUACGAAGCUUGGUUCCUGUUUGCUGAGAACCCAAUAAGGUUCUCACUAAGAGAAUUUUCCAUAGUCACAGGUCUUCCGUGUGGGAAAUACCCGAAACAACCGCAGAAAGAGCUGAAGAAUAUGAUUACUGAACAGCCCUACUACACAACACUUUUCGGCAUGCUGAAGGAGGUAACCGCAACAUCUGUUAUCAGGAUGCUCAAGCGCAAGACUAUCACCGACCGUGACACAAGGAUAAAGUAUGCUUGUCUUGCUAUACUCGCAAGUGUGUUACUGCCUACCACCCACGUGCCCAAAAUUCUAGUCGAGCACGCAGAAAAAAUCAGGGACCUUGAUGAGUUCUUCUCGUACCCGUGGGGCCGUGUAUCUUUCGAAAUGCUCAUGAGUAGCAUAAAAGAGAGGGAUGAGGUAGCUUUGUCUCAGAACACAAUCGCUCUGCAAGACUACGUUCAGGCGUUGCAGAUGGUCAUGACAAAAGCUGUUCCAGCUCUAACCGAAGUUGUCAGUCAAGAUUCCUCAACGGAUGCUGCGGGUGACGAUGAUGGCGACAUUGCAUUCCCCCCACCCAAGAAUGGUAUAAAACCAGCUCACGCAAGAACAUUGGAUACUGCAGACAAUGUUCGUGUGACUCCGAUUAUCCCACCGGACACUGGCUUCGACAUUGACGAAGAUGAGCUGUGUUAUUCCGAGGACGAAGAUGAUGUCAGCGUAGAUAAAAUUGUUAGCCUUAUCAGAGACGGCGCUAGCUUCGCAAAGAAUAUGUUCAUAGGGGGGGCGACAAAUGAUGAUGUAGAACGUAUGAGACAGGAGGCAGAGGCUGAAGCUCUAGCAAAGAAGAAAAGGAAGAGAAAAACCCCUUGCCAAACGGUACAACCCCCCACACAAGCGGGUGGCGAUGCAGAGCACGUUGCCUCACUUGUAGCAGCACACAUCAAAGGCGAUUUGGUGAGGGUGGAAGGCAAAGUAGAUGCUCUACGGGGAUCACUUGUUCAGUUGCAAGACUUUGUGAAAAAACAAAUCUGCGAUCACUCAGCCCAACUGCUUGUCUUCCAGAACAGUUAUAAGACAAUACUCGAUUCUAUUGCAUCUUUAUCAACCCAGGAUCACCCUCGCUCUGGGGAAGUCAACCCAGCUGUCGUUGACCCCGCAACCGACUGCAAUAUCCAGCAAACUACGAGCCAGUGUAACCCUAUGACACCAGCAGAUGAUACAGCAUACAUAGACCGUGUAGUAGCGAGUGUCUUGGAGUCUCACGGGGACGCUAAUGCAGAGGGACCAGGCACUGAGAACGCCACACCCGCGAUCGGUGGCGACACUGAUAUGAUCAAUGAGGACACAAACAUCACCCAAAAGACACCGGCGGAAGACAACGUCAAUGUUGAAAGCCAUGAUGACGAGCAAAACGUGGACGUGGAUGAAUCUUCUCCAUCCUUCUCUCUUGGUCUGACGCAGGAUGGUGAGCCGUCAGAAGUCGGGUCCGAAGACGAACAUAUGUCCUCAGAAGACGUGGAAACCCACAUUGAUGACGAAGCACCGCCGCCUGUUCCAGAAGCAGAUCAGACAGACGCCACAGAAGCAGAUCAGACAGACGCCACCAUACCAAUUAGGAAAAGCACCCGUCUGAAGGCAGUUACGAAGUCACUGGUUGGCGUGUACCACUGCGACAAGCUUAUUCUAAAUAGGUUCCGUGAGGCACAACUGGGCGCAAUCAAUAAAGACACCACUACAGACUUGCUUUCGAAGUUCAGCAAGUUGCUCGAUAUUCUGAAGACGACAAAGUCUAUUACAGUAGAUGGCAUUACAGUCACCAACAAAGAUAUUCAAGACCUUGUUGGGAGGGGAAGGGCACUCCCAUCCAAGAUGGUCGAUGUACUGAUGCACCACUCUCAGGUCAUCACCUCGCAACUGCCAAACACCUGUAACAGAUGUUGCUUCCUCAACACGAAGAAAGACGAAUUUUCCAUCACUCCUAACGCUGUAGAGUUCCUUGGCGACCCCGAGGCACAAGCUUUCGAGUCUUCACGUUUCUACCUACCAUUCAACUUCGACAGGAACUAUUGGACUGGCCUUUGCGUGGACUCCACUACCUGGACCCUGACUGUACUUGACUGCAACGCUUCCAUCAGGAAUGACUCGGCUAUGACGAAAGAACUGACUCCAAUUUCCCAGAUGUUCCCUUAUCUACUCAAACAAGCCGGCAGGAACAUGUGUCCAAGGGAGCUAAGGGCACUGACCAUUGAAAGGCCAAGAACCAUCCCUCAAAACCUUAAAACCACGGAUUCUGGUGUGAUGACCGCUCUUCUGAUGCUAGCUCACGCUGUUGCUGGCCUAGAGGCAUGCAAUUAUCUGACCCCCGAGGCCCUGGACCAAGAGGCUAAGAGGCUGGCUGUGAUGAUCUACGAAGAAAACACAGGGUCAAUCUGA